UAUUCCGACCAAAAAAUGCACCGUCUUCUUAGUUUCUUCACGUUUUGUUCUUUUGUUUUUCUUAUUGUGGCAGUUUCAGGUAGAAGAGAAAUCUUAACAGCCCAUUCGAUCGGUCAAAGUUUUGCUAAAUGUCUAGGUGAUCCCUUAAUUGGAAAGUGUCUUCAAAACGAAGCUCUUCAAACCUUAGAUAUCCUUUUGAAGGAUAAUUCUACUUGGCAUUAUAGUGAAUUCAUUGAAUUUGAAAAAGAUCAAAAUUUUACGGUUUUCGAUAUUGACGAAACGAAAUCGAGAAGGUUCGAAAAUAAUGGAUCCACGAGUGAUGCUAUUGCUGAGAAACUUCUACAAUUGGCACAGGCACGUUCAAUUCGAAUGAAAAUGAAUCCAAGGACAGUGAUGUUGGAAUCGAAGGGAGGCAAUUUGGAUUUCGAAGAAGGACGCAAGAAGAAGGACAAAAACAAAGGAAUGGCUAUGAUGGGUGGUUUGGCUAUGAUUGCUAUGAUGGCUCAGAUGUUUCUAGGGAAGGUGCUUCUGAUUGCGGGUGCUGCUUUUGUGAUGUCGAAAAUUGCCCUAUUGCUGUCGGUUUUGACCAGUCUAAAAUCGAAACUGAGUGGUGGGGGAAGUACUGAUCAUGUCGUCACCAUAGAUUCCGGCGGAGGAGGUCAUGGUCACAGUGGAGGUGAUCAUAGUGCUUGGCACCGCAGUUUGCCAUACACAGCACCUUCUCCGCCAAUUCACAUUGCAGCCGCUGCUGCCGGUGCCGAAGAAGAUCACCAUCAUGAAUUACCCCAAAUUCCUGAUUAUUAUUCCCAGCAUGAUAUCAGCUCCCAAAAAGAUGACUUCAAAUUCAUAUAAAUUUACAUAGUAAUAAUAUUUAUUUAUUUAUUCUAGCGUUUUAGGUGUAAAUUUAAUAAAUUAUUUAAAACAAUUAAACAAAAUAAAAAAAACUAUUGAUAAAUCUUUG